UCUCAUCACCACGCCUUCUCUUUCCUUAUUCGUUUUCGUCCCAAAUUAUCUCUGCCCAAAUCCCUCCCUCGCAAUAUUCAAUCGUCAAGCUCUGUGAGACCCAACCAAAUCCCCAAGGUUCCCAAAUUUCAUUUCGUCUUCAGUGGCAAUGGCAACGGCGACUUCCGCCACCGUCUUUGUUUCCCGCCUUCCUUCCACCGCCGCAGCCAACGUCACUCGCUGCUCUGCUCUCCCUUAUCUCCCUCCUCGCCUCUCCACCCCUUCUCUCUCUCCCUCUCUCAAACACUUCUCAGAAUCCCGGAAACCUUUCCUGCUCCAGACCAGGGCAUCUUCAGACGACACAUCCAGUCCUGUAGAUGCCAAUGAGCUAUUCACUGAUUUGAAGGAGAAGUGGGAUGGUGUUGAAAACAAGACCACGGUACUUCUUUAUGGCGGUGGAGCUAUAGUUGCUGUCUGGCUGUCUUCCAUUCUUGUGGGCGCCAUCAACUCAGUCCCCUUGCUUCCAAAGAUUAUGGAGUUGGUAGGGCUAGGAUACACUGGGUGGUUUGUCUACCGGUACCUUCUGUUUAAGUCCAGCAGAAAGGAACUAGCUACAGACAUUGAGGCACUGAAGAAGAAGAUUGCUGGAACUGAAUAAACUUCAUCAGUGGGUGCAAUGAAAUCAUCUUGUGUUUUUGUGUCACUGUAUCUACCUGUGUAAGAGGCAUUUCUUCUAUCCUUUUAUGUAGAGUAGAAUCCCCUCUUAAUCUUUACCACAUGUAUCAUUACCCGCUUCAUUGUUGAAUGAAUAAUGUUGCAGAUUUAAGGCA